AUGCCACCAACGAACCAAGAGCUCUCCCUCCUUAUAAACCCUCUCGUCCCAGAAUCAGUCGCACAUAACACCCGCACGCUCUCGAACAUCCAUUCCAUCACUUCCUUCCUGCUCGGCCUAGCCGCUGGCAUCCUCGGCCUCCAGUCCUCCGGCGGGUUUAUAUUCUAUCUUCUCGGCACACUAUUCGUCUCGUUUCUCUUCCAUGCGUUGCUGAUCGGGUUCGACGGUAAGCGAACGAGUGGUGGGUUCGGUGUUGGUGCGUAUUUCCCCGGGAGCGGAGAGAUUGUUGGUCAGGGGAAAGGAUUGAGGAGACGAGGGGCGUGGAGAGAUGUUUGGCUCAGUGGCGGCGUGUCUGGGGAAGCGUUGAGCGGAUUCGUGCUGGGAUGGGCGGGGGUUGGAGGUGUGUUAAGAUGA